AUGUCUAAAGACAAGACCACCAGACAGGAAACAAGACAGGACAUGUAUAAGAACAACAGCAGAAGUCCUUGCUGGAAGCAACAAUUUAGAAUGAGAUGCCUGGAGCGGUUGAAAGACAGCAGAGGCAGGCACAUGUCCUCCAAGAGGCUCAUUGAUGGCUGGCAGGGAAAUACUUCAACUGCUCAAGACUUGAAAGCACAAGAGAAAAGUGACUAUGUCCAGAACCAACAUGACGUGUCAGAUGUUCCAGCAGUUCCAGAAAUUGAGAUGAUCAUGCGGGAAGAGUUUGACCGCUUGAAAAGUGAAGUGUCGUCAGCAGGAAAGAGAGGUCAAACGCGUCAGGAUGACUUUAGGAGAAGAGCUGGUGUUUGUGAGGAUGCUUCUAUGGCAACAGACAACACUUUGUUCAACGCUAGAGAGGACAACACUACUCAGUUUAAUGAACAUGAGAAUGAGUGUUUGAAUGAUCUGAUUAGCUGGUACGAGGAAGUCUACAACACACUGAGAUUAGAGCUGCGGGAAGCUGAACAGAGAGAAGAGGAGCUGCGUGUGAACCAGUUGAAGGCUCGUGAGCACCUCAAACACGAGGAAGAGGAGUUGUGUUCUGGGAUGCGAGCCAUGUACUGUGAGGAGGUCUGCUGUCCACUCUGUGAGAAAGACAGCCUGAUAGAACAGAAGAGCUUGAUUCUCUGUAGUUGUGGCCUGAACAUCAAUAUUGAGCAAGAUAGUAUCACUUUAAAGCAUGUCAAAGACAACCUAGCAGCUGGCACCGAAGAGCACAGUCAGAAAUGUGAAUCCAAACCAGCUUUUUCAUUGAACCAGAAAUUUGGGAUUUCAAACUUGCUGAUGUCAUGUCAAGAUUGUGAUUUUCUGUUUGUGAUUGUGUGA